UAUGCAUACUGCGCGGCACACAGAAAAGUUACAUAACGAAGUCAAAUGAACAGUGCAGCGAUGAAGGUUGUUCAGCAGUUUUUUUAGUACCUGUACAACUACAAUAUCGAUUGUCCAAUAAUGGAAUGUGUGGAGGAUCGGGAAGCACUCCACGGAGUAGCUUACAAAGGCACAGGUGAAAGUGGAGAUUCGUGCCCGGGACCGACAGGUCGAGCAGACGACGCGGGACAUGUUAACGGUGACAGCAUCAUCAUGGCGCUGGAAGAUUGGGCAGUCGCGCUGGUUGUCAUCGGCUCGGUCUUAGCCGUGAUGUGUCUACUGAGUUUUGUUUAUUACUGGUUCGUUCUCCGGUACCGAGUCGCUUCCAGCAGUGUGUCAAUGAAAGGCAAGACAAUAAUUAUAACAGGAGCCUCGUCUGGCAUUGGUAAGGCCACCGCCCUGGGUCUGGCCCGUCGAGGGGCGCGUCUCAUUCUCGCCUGCCGGAACGAAGAAAAGACGGCCCAAGUCAUCAGCGAGAUCAAGCAGAAGGUACCUCAAGGACCCGAGAUCUUGUACCGUCACCUGGACCUUGCAAGCCUGCAAUCCGUGCGGAAAUGUGCUGAGCAAAUCACCCGGGAGGAAUCGCACAUUGAUACUUUGAUCAAUAAUGCAGGUAGGCACAUUUAA